AUGGCGCUCCUGGUGGCCAUAGCAGGAGCGCUGUCGCCGACCCCAGACUCAUAUGGCUCGUCGCAGUCGCAAAGGCUAAGAUAUGCCAACCAUAUCUUCAAUGCGAUCCACUCUUCCAUGCGACAAUGGGGUUCUUCGCUGAAUCACAAUGGAAUGUCUUUCUUUUGGGCCACGGUUCCAGAGGGAACGGAAUUGUAUCAUGGAACCCAUCAACCGGAGCCAGUCAACGGCACAGAGUGGCUUGCCUUCGAGCCAGAGCAUGCGAUGCUCUUCGCAGGCCCAAGGCCCAAGGGGUUUAAACCACCACAUUUUCCAGGACAGCCAGGCGAUAUGCCUAUGGAAAGAGACCCACUGUUCUCUAACGAACAGUCAGUCUUAUCAGAUUCGGAGUUGGAGGAGAGGCAGAUCGAGGAAGAUGAACGUCCUCCACCCAUGGACUUGGAACAGGGCUGGCUCCACACAUAUGCGGCGAUUAAGGAUCUGCGUCUUCUCUAUAUCGAUGGCAUGUCAGCUGCAAAGUCUGACAAGGGCGUCUACGACACGCAAGAUCGGAUCUUGCUCAAUGACACGGUCGGCGGGCCCGGUUUCCUAGAAUACGUUCGCGCUCAGGCCAUUUGCAAGCUAGCGCAGGAGCGAUGGGAUGACCGUAUCGACGGAGUCAUCCGGAUGGAAUCCGGCUUUGAGAUCAUUCUGUGCAACUUCCAGCGGGAUCUGGAAGUGGUCAGAAUCACUCGCGCGAAGAAAUACGGUGCCGAUAGGUUCACGCCGGGAUUCGGGCUACCUCAUGUGCCAGAGGAUAUGUUCCGGUUUUACAAAGCCAUAGCGGAUCGAUAUCAUGGAAUAGGAGGUCACCGUGUGCGACUCAACUAUGACAAUUUCGUCACGGCGUUCUCUUACGAUCUCGACCUCUUCCGGAGUGGUGACUUGCCACGGUUAGCCAAUCUAUCAACGACGUCGCUGGAGCCGAUGAGGAAAGACCUUGUUGAUCUCGUGAUGAAGCAUGAUCCUACUGAAAAAUCAUUUGACUGGCAGGGAGUGGUCGAUAUGAUCGUUCAACGUUAUUCCAACGAGCUGAAAUAUCUUGUCUCGGAAGAUCUCUCCACCUCGAGACUCCUGCAUAGAGAGCUAGAUCGCAUCUUGCGUGGAUUCAUUGAUUUCGAUUACCGGAACACGACUGCCGAGAUCGAAAGAUGCGCAACCCAGUUUAUUCCAAAGAAGGCCCCAAGGAAUACGCUCGCCGGAGAAGUUGUCUAUCAUGUGUCACACAAGAUUUGCUCAACACUCUUUUACGCUCUUGAAGAGCACGACCGCAAAGCUGCUGUCGAGUCGAUCAAUGACCUUGUUUCUUAUCUCUCGUGGACUACAUGGAAAGAGUGCAAUUGCUGCGCACCUAAUGAGGUCUGUUUCAUUCCUAUAUGGCCGGUCGGAACUUAUGAGGACCGGGAACAUCCUCGCUGUCGGGGAGAGAUGCCUCCUCCUCCCAGAGAAGAAGAGAGGUACUGGGAGCUACCACCGCGGCCACAUAAACGGAGACCACAUCGAGAGAGCUCCUCAUAA